CAUUUUGGACACAUCCAUUGCUCGUCCCCCUCAAUUCCUGUCCGCCGCCGCCUGCCACUGCUGCAAUGCCUGUUCCUGUGCCACUGGAACCAGUGAAUGAGGGGGAAAUGGAAUCAGGCGACGAAGUUGGUGAUGGUGUGGAAGAUGACCUUGUGGAUACGUUCUGUCAACAGCUCGACACCAGGACAUUCCAGGAACGCAUGCUCACACAUGUCAAGAACAUCCGUGAUUUCUGUGAUGGCCUUAAGUAUCAAAUUCAAUUUAAUGACUUUAGAAUGCUUACCGUUCUCGAAUGCAAUGGCUCAUCAUUCCUCCGUCUGGCAGAUAAUUGUCUCGGUCGAGAACGACGAGAAAACUCGUCUCGAUUGCGGAGCCCAACAACCUGGGAAAAAGGUACCACCGGCGCUAUGUUUUAUCGUGCUUGUUCAUCAUCCCAGUGACCACAUUCAUAAUCACUCUAAUAACCACUUAAUCCCUCUAGCUAGUACAGUACAUAUAUCUCUUUAUUCAUCGCCAUUGUCACAUACUAUAUACUUAAUACAUAUUACAUUAAUAUUAAUAGUGUUCAAGAAUCAA